AUGGUCGCCACUUGUCCCAGCGACAACACCGUCGCCGUUGACCAAGAGACCUUCUGGGACGGAAACUGGGAUGCUCACAAGAUCGGCUGGAUCAUUUCCGGAGCUGCAGCUGCCGUCACUCUAGGCAUCUCCCUGAUCACGAUCAUAGGCCAUGGUCGCAACUACCAUCGUCCCAAUCAACAGCGUCAGAUCAUCCGAAUUCUCCUGUUUGCUCCCGUCUUUGCCAUCAUCUCCUUCUUCUCCUACCGCUUCUUCCGAGACUACACCUACUACGAGCUCAUCGAAGUCGUCUGGGAAGCAGUUGCCAUCGCAGCUUUCCUCAUCCUCAUCCUCAACUACAUAGGUGAAGAUGAAGGACAGCAGAGGAACGUCCUUGCAAAGAAGGACAAGAAGAAGCUUCCGCUGCCAUUCUGCUGCUUCAGGUACCGGCCUAGCAAGGCCUACUACCUCGUAGUCAUCAAGUGGGGGGUAGUGCAGUACUGCUUUGUGCGUCCGGCUCUUUCCAUCGCUGGGAUAGUGCUCCAGUACUAUAAUUUGCUCUGUGAGAGCUCGCUCUCAUACAAGUACGGCUACGUCUACAUCCUCGCAGUCGACUUUACCUCCAUCAGCAUAGCUCUCUAUGCUCUGAUCGUCCUCUAUGCUCUGAUCAGGGAAGACCUCAAGGGCCGCAGACCGCUCGCAAAGUUCCUGUCAGUCAAAGCUGCCAUCUUCCUCACCUUCUAUCAGUCCUUCAUCUUCAGCUUCCUCCAAGACAAGGGCGUCAUCAAAGCUACCGAGUACUGGACAGCCACAAAUGUCUCGGAUGGGUUGAGUGCUCUCUGCACGUCCUUGGAGAUGGUCCUAGUCGCAGCAUUCCAGGUAUGGGCCUUCAACUGGAGGGAGUACAAGGAGAUUGGCAGGCAGAUGGCUUCAAGCCAGCACGACGGACUGGAUCCCAAGAAGGUCAAGAUCAAGCAUACCAACCCGCUGUACGCCAUCUUGCACGCCCUGUGGCCGGGUGACCUCUUUGUGGAACUCUGGCACUCGAUGCGCUUCGCCUAUGACAGAAUGCGAGGGAAAGAGUAUACC